CUCCCCCCGGCCCCCCACCAUGGCAGCAGGCGGCGGCGAGGGCCCGUGCGCGUUCUGGCGGCGGGUGUCCGGCGCCGAGGAGCGGCGGCUGCUGGAGCUGCUGGCCUACGGGCUGGUGGCGCUGGGCGCCGGCGCCGCGCUGCUGCUGCGCUUCGUGCCCAUGCCCUACGGCCGGUACUCGUCGCCCCGCUUCGGCUGCCCGCUGCCCGCGCGGCCCGCCUGGGCGCUGCAGGAGCUGCCCGCGCUGCUCGUCCCGCUCGGCGUGGCCGCUUGCGGGGCUGCCGCCAGCCGCUGGCCCAACCGCGUCCUGCUCGGCUGCUUCGUGCUGCACUACGUGCACAGGGCACUCAUAUUUCCUUUCCUGAUCCGGCAAGGAAAGCCAACACCAUUUUUCACCUUCCUGCUAGCACUUCUGUUCUGCAUUUACAAUGGAUACUUGCAAGGCCGAAGCUUAAGCAACUAUGCAGAAUACCCUUCAGGCUGGUUAAAAGAUCCUUGUUUCAUUACAGGUUUUAUAGGGUGGCUGGUCGGCAUGGCAAUCAAUAUUCAUUCUGAUCAUAUUCUUAGAAAUCUGAGAAAACCAGGGGAAACCGGUUACAAGAUACCAAGAGGAGGAAUGUUUGAGUAUGUCAGUGGAGCCAACUUUUUUGGAGAGAUCCUGGAAUGGUUUGGGUUUGCCCUUGCCUGCUGCACCAUCGAAAGCCUUGCAUUUGCAUUGUGUACGCUUUUUAUCUUGGGCUCUAGGGCAAAGCAACACCACCAGUGGUACCUUGAGAAAUUUGAAGACUACCCAAAGGAUAGAAAAAUUCUGAUUCCAUUUGUGUAUUAACGGAUGCUGUGAAUACCAUCAGGUUCUGGUGGUAACGCUGUUUUUGAAAUGGUUACUUUUUGGAACAACUAACACUUCACAAGUGUUAGCCAGUUAACAUACUCUGUUCACUAGUGACAAAGCCUUGUGCUGCUAUUAGUUACUGCUUUUCUUAAUGAAACCCCCAAAUCUGAUGGACAUGAUGAACAGGAACGAAAGUGCUUUUGCAACAACACAGCACCGUUGUGAAUACGUAAGGCAAGAUGAUUGAAUUCACAUCGUGGAAACUACUGUACAGGAUUUCUGAUGUUUCAUUUUCAGCCUAUAGAGUGUUCGGGUAUUACCCGUCUGAUCUAGCCAUGUCCUGAGGAUUGUGUUAUGAGCCCAGUCACCCUUAGUGUAUAAUUUGGCUGGUGCAUUUUGCCUCUCACUUGCCUUCAUACGCAAAUGGGGUUGAUUUGUCUUGCCUUCCUAAUUUUCUUCCCCUUCCCCCCAUUUCCAGGAGAACUGAUGCAGACCAAAGACAUUGAAUGAAUAUAGUUGCUGUUAGGCGAGAAAUGUUCUUCCUCCUCUCUGCACUCUUGCACAGAUAUGAAUGAUAUAUAGGUAAAAUGUAAUACUGUUUACACCAAUAGCUGUAGUGAUAAUUCUCCCAAAUAACGGAUUUAGUCAUCUACCUCUAAAACUUCAUAACUAUCUCAAAUAAUACUCAACAUGUGUUUUUGCAUUCAGCACUAUUUUUAGAGGAUAUUUUUUAUUAAGGGUGCUCACUACAGUCUAGCACUGUUAAUAAUUCUUUGUAAUAUUCUCUAAAGGUUUUUACAGAAUUUUCUUACUAUGCAGUUUUAAAAAAGUCUUUCUUUUCCUGUUGGUAAUGGUCUAGUUGAUUUUUAUAUUCAAAGUUUGGAAUCUUUUAGUGCUUCCUUCUUGUUUCAUUAGUGUUAGUUCUCACACUGCUAUAUUUUUCUCCUGAAGGAAUCCAGAGGGAUUUCAAAAACAUGAUAGGAUGUCAAGUGUACAGGCUUCUGAGUUCUGGACACAUCUAUGUCCUUUGAAUAUUUGUGAUAUUAAAGAGUGUUUUUUAGAAUUGCAGAAAAGUCGGGUUUUCUACAGAAACCCUCAAGGAAAAAAAUGAACUGCUGCAAAUGUAUUUUAGAAAUCUAUGGAAAUCAAAAACAAAUUGAUAAUACAACUUUACUAGAUGUUGAGUGUUCCGGUAUGGUAUUGUGUUAAGCUUUGUCCAGUGUUCAAAAUUCUUUCUUUGCUAUGACCUACACGGCUUAUAGUAAUCCAUGUAAUAUGAGGGUGGAAUUUUACUUUUUUAAUUUUAAGUAUUUUCUUUUAAAAUGUACAUCCAAGAAAUGGGCAGUGAAAAAAGACUCUGCCACCCAAGAUUUUUCUUAACAGUGGUGUCUUCCUGCUUUCCUUCUUGUAACAGUUAUACAGUACUUAGUGCACUGAAGUCUUGGCUAUCAUUAAGGAUUUAUUCAGUGAUAUAGAGAAAUGUAACACAUUUUAUCAUUAUUGACUGAAAUAGUGAAAGGAUAGAGGGGAGAGAAGCUGUCACUCAUACCACGAUGAUAACUUAUCCUACAGCUAAGCCCUUGGACUGCCAGUUGCUCCUCACAGUGAUGACCAGUUACUGCCUCAGCCGUCAUCCGGGAAGUGCAGCUUAUGGAGAGUCUAGGAAUACCCACUCCUUUGAAGUUAGUGUCAGUUGGCACAUUGCUUGGUUCUCAAAUUGUUUAAUCUUUUAUUUGAUGUUUGUCUUUUACGUCUUUUCUUAGUGUUUUACAGAAAACUUGAGGCUUUCCUUUUUAUUUAUUUUUUGUUAUCAUGCUAUAAUGCAACACUUGAUGCUAGCUGUUUUGAUGAAAGUUGGUCAUGAAAUCUCUUAGGGAAAGGAUGACUUACCCUCAGUGGAGCUAGUGGAUAACAGAAGUUCAAUAGGAUCACUUAAAGCAUAGUCUGAAGAGAAUUUUAGGAACUGUUUUAAUUUCCAGAUAUUUCUAAGCCCUUUUGCAGCGUGGUAUCUAAGCCAUCCCGUUAUCAAUAUCUGUUUUAGAAGAGCAAAAAGUAUCAACAUCUCAUCUAGGGGUUUAAAGACUUGCAUGGUGAAUUAAUGUUUAUAUUUUGGGGUUAGUUUAAAAAAAAAAACAAAACACUAAUGGUACAACCAUUUAUUAUAUAUUAUAGUCUUUAUUAUUGUUUACAGAAAACUUUUAUUGAUGCUUCAAUUUUGCUCUGGUUCUAUGCUGCUAAGUGUUUAUCUUGACAAAAAUUUAACUGGUUUUGCUCACAAUAUUAAUUUACGGUUUACAUAUAGGGGAAUGAAGGUCUGAAACAUGGCGCUCUGAGGGUUUAUUGGUGGUUUUUUCAUUUACUUUUUACAGAAAAGGAAACACUAAGUUGUAUGGGAUGUGAAUGUCAAUGCAUUUGGAAAUUCUAGUUAACUGCAAUAUUAAAAAAAAUGCAGAAGAAGGUUUUGUUUUUUGUUUAUAUUUUAUAUUCUAAUCAUACUGCUGAAACCUGUCACAACUGAAGUAGAACUUUAUUUAAGGCAGUUCAUUCUUAUAUAUCAUACAGUAUAUCAAGGUGAACAGCAUUGGUGAAAACCAUAUAAUCAAUUUGCUCAAAUUGUAGAAAUGUCUCUUAUUUAAACAGUAUUCCCUUUCAUUUUUAAUACUUCACUUGUACUCUCCUCCCCUUUUAGGAGCAUUGACAGAAUUUAUCUGAGAAAAUAUCUAAUAUCGAGAAAUCUUUCUUCAAAGUACGUAGUGUUAAAAUGAAGUAUGUUCUACCCUUUCCAGAAGGAGAAAAUGUGUACACUCUCUAUUGGGUGGUAAUAGCUAUAGCAAUUUCUAACAGACACGUCUAUUCAGAUCACCUGCAUCUUUCACAAGGAUCCCCUACUAAUAAAACGUAGUUUGUGGUGUUUUGCUUGAAUACUUUCUCCUGUUAGCAGUCAUUGCUAUAACUUGUGGAGAUUGGCUAAGGGUUUUUGUACCAGUGCUUUCAUUAUCCCAAGUGAGGUCUUGAGGACUGUAAUAGUAAGGUUGUAUUAAAAUAUCCCAGGUACAUAUGUGACCUUGACUAGAUGCACUCAAAAAAAUAAAAUAGAAGUUACAAGGUAAGUUGUCUAGUGAUACAUUUGUAUGUAAAGCAAAGUAAGUAACUGAGAUGUUCUGUGCUUUCGUAUAGAUAGAUUAAAGAAUAACAGAAGCAGAGGCUACAUUUUCAGAUUCUUCCUCUGCUAGUUCAGAGUGAACUUUUCAUUUGGACCAACAAUAGCACUUCUGUGCGCAUGCAUGAGCAAGCAAUUACGGAAAUUUCUGUUGGAAGAUAAUGGUAGGGAUGAGCUUAUAACAAGGUUUGCACCUAAUGGUGGCUCAGCUUCCACUUGAUCUUGUUGAGCUUCUGAAAAAGUCUCGUAGAUCUCUUGUUUAAUUUAAUGUUGGCAUUGCAAGCAAAACCAAUACCUUGUUUUGUUGUGUAUUUUUGUUGAGUAGAAGCAAUAAGUUCGUUUGCAGAAUUGAAUGGAAAUAUUAUAAUGAAAGAAUAUAAAUCUGUAUAAUGACUGAUUCAGCAUGUGGUGAUCUAGUUCAUCAAUUGAGGUAAUGUGUUUGAUUACAUAGAGGCCUACAUGUAGGUCAUCUUCUACAGAUACUCAAAAGUCUCCUUGAAAUGCAGUCUCUGGAUGUAGAUAAACUAAGUAAGGUUUUUCUGCCAUAAUAGUUAAAUUUUACCUAAGUGUUCCUAAAAAGUAUUCCUGUAACAUUAUGGACAUCAUUUUUAGAUCACUGGCUUAAAAUGGCAAGGAAGAAGGUGUCAUGGAGCACAUGGCAGCAGCCCUUCUUAACAAAGGCUGCCUUGUUAAACUGAGCACAACUUUCUUGUUCUGUUAUGUUCUCAAUAAUACUUCCAAGAAGAUGCACUUAAAUCCCUCUUGAGGUGUUUCUGGGAAGGGAUACCAUUGACCUGCCAGGGUAGACGACCUCCAACACAGCUCUGAAGAGUUGCAUUUGUUCAGUUGCAGUGAUCAGCAGGGGUUGCAGUACCCCACUAGUUCACCCAAAUCUCAGAGGGAAAUAACCUGCUUGUAAGACUGAGCUUUCUCUCUUUAGCCAGGCAAUUCCACUGAGAUAGUUUUAUAUGUGGAUUAUUUUAACUCUUGUUUUCUAGGUUUACUUUCUUGAUAUUUUUAACGAUCUGUCCAUAUUCUAAUAAAAUUUGAAUUGAAUAGAACCUUGCUUUUCCUUUAAACUGAUCUGUUCUUACAGCUCCCGCUUAUUUCUUUUACUCACUGAGAUCAGGUCUCCUCAUUAGAUACCACAUAGCUAUUGUUAGUGGAAAUUUCCUCCUCCAAUUUCUUUCCUUUGUAUGUUUAUCCCUGUAGCUCUUUACUUUGAUUUAUUGUAGUCUUUAAAAUCCCUUUCAAAAGUAACUUUUUUUCUUUAUGCCCUUCAGUCUCUUCUGUUAUGCCAUAACUUACUCCAAUAUAUAAGCUUUUUAUAGAACAUUAUUCCUAUUGCUAUCACUUUUUCUCGUAGUUACUUACUCCUGCUGAGACAAGUUUAUGCAAAUUUUAUUUUUUAAAAUUGUGAAAUAAAGCAAUUGCAUUGCACUUGUAGGCAGAGGUCUUUUUUGUCAAUUGCUUUAAGCGGUUUUUUUAAACUGAAACUGUUACACAAUAUUUUGCAAGGUAGACAUUUCAAAUCUCAACUGAUUCAUAAUUGCUACUUUUAAAAGGGUUACUAGCAAAAGUCAACAAAAGUCAAGUAAUUAUACUUUGUUUCCUAAUUCUUUAUGAUAGAUGGAUCGCCAUCACAGUAGCUUUCAAUUUCAGUUCAGUGUAGACGACAUAAUGCAAGUCUUCUGCAAAUGUACUCCCAUCUGCUACUGGAGCUAAAUCACAGAUAUCACGAAGCAUGCACAUUAUUUAUAUUUCUGAAAGCUGAUGAUACUGCAUAGGUAAAUGUCAGUCCUCAUAUCGCAACAUCACUCCUGCUAAUGUUCUUGAAUGUUCCAGUUCCUUUUACAGAUAAAAUAAAAAUGUACAAGUAACACUGCAGAUAACCAACCCUGCUUUAUUUUUUAUCAAGUAAUGUCAUCUUCUAUUAUGUGAUGUGCUAAGCUAACUAGAAACAUGAGCUGCAUUAUUUAACUUUGAAAUCCAAACACUUGAAUUCUUAUUGUGGCACUGCACAGAUGUGGGUUUAGUGGAUACCUAUAACACUACAGCUGCCCUUUCCCAUUAAGCGCUGCCUAGAGCAGAAAGAGCAAGUCACACUAGCAACUACAAGGACAGUCCCCUCCUCUAGCUCAAAGUUAUAUUUCUCCCAGCAGUGGACCACAAACAGACAAGAAUGCACCUCAGAACAAGCCUCUAAAAGUCAUCAGCAAAGGUCUUUGCCAGUUGUUUGAUUCUUUAUUUCACAAUGUGUAUAGCAAUAAAGGAUACUAAACUUUGUUCUUAAUUUUGCAAUGAAUACGGUGUCAAGGAAGUUUAAUAAAGUGUGUUACACUUC